AUGUCUUCUCCGUCAGAAGUGCUCCUCAACAACGCCACCGCAGGAGUCAACCUCAAGGCUGUGUCGGUGGCCGGCGGCGACCAGUUCUCCGACAACUUCUUCUCCAAGCUGUUGGCGCCGCUGCUCAAUUCGGCAGACCUCACCGUCAACCAGCUCACCACGCGAUGCCAGGCCUCGUUGGCCAACCUCGCGCUCACCAACUGUUUCGACACCGUGUCGGUGGCCGUGGUGCCCGACCCGUCCGUGCCCGACACCCCGUUGGGACUCGCGGCCAACUUCAACCUCGUCCCGGCAAAACUCGCCCACACCACCUUGGGCUCUGUUUACACCCCAGAGGGCAACCAGUUGAUGCUCAAUUACCUCAACCACAACACCUUCGGCAACGCCGAGCUGCUCAACGUGUCGUCGCUUGCCAGCCUCGUCCCGGACGCCCCGCUGCGCCUGCUCAACGUGCUGUACAAGGCCCCUCUCGUGGACCCGUCGCUGCGACUAUUUGCCAACGGGUUUGUUUCCAGCUCCAACGACACAAAGUUCCAGUCCGACCAGCAGUGGGUCUCUUCUGGAACGUUUGGAAUGGAGAAAAUCAAACUGCUGCCAAACCUGUCUGCGUCCGCGUCCGCGGCCGUUUCUUUGGUGAAACGUACCACGCUUCGUGUCAAGGACGGGGCCAGCGACGAGAUCAAAACCUACGCGGGCGACCACCUCAAGGAAUCCCUGCUGCUCUCGCUCGCGGCCGGAAACCUCCAGUUCCUUCCCUCGUCCAAAAACACUCUCCCGGUCAACGGGUUCCAAUGGUCACUGAAAAACGAGGUCACGGGUCUCUCCAACACCAGCCCGGAGAAGUUCGUCAAAGUGGAGUCGUCGCUCCAGCUGGUCAGGUCGGUGCUCAAGAACAAUCUCACCCUGGACGUUUCCGCCGGUCUUGGCCACAUCAUCAACCUGUCCCGGUCAAAAACCAUCCAUUACCACGACAAGUUCUAUCUGGACGUGCUGGGCCACGGAACCCUGGGCUAUCCGGGCCAGCAACAGGGCCGUUUUGGCGGAACCUCGUACAUCACCUACAAAGUGCGUCUUUUGUCCAGAUUGCUGUUUGUCAAGCCUACAAACCCAUUGAGACUCUACUUCGACCUCAACGGGGGCCAGGUCACCUCGGACCCGGCCCAGCUCGCCCAGGCGUCCAGCCUGCGGUCGGGCGUCGCCAUAGGCCUGCUCUACAAGGUCGGCUCCGCAGCAGACUGCAACCUCUACUACCAGCUGCCGUUGUCGUCGCAGCCCAACGUGCCAGGAGUCGGCUUCAACGUGGCCCUGUACGGCGACUACUAG